AUGCUCGCACAGUCAGAAAGGUCAGAGGAGCCUGUCUACAAAAAUGUGGUAGAGUCGACUGCACCUAUUUUCUUUCUCGGCACUCCACACCGUGGGUCCAAAGACCUGGCAGGGGCUGCAGAGGUAACUCGCAAAGUCCUGGCUGCGUGUGGUAUAGAUUCCAAUCCCAAGAUACUUGCUUCGUUAGGUCUGCAGAACUCCGACCUUGAGCGAUGCCAGGAAUCCUUCUCAAAGACCUGGGGAUCGUAUGAUUUCCGGGUCAAGACGUUUCAAGAGACCUUGGCAAUGACUGGUAUCAAUUUGGGUCUGCUGAAUGAACUGCUUGUUCCGGACUACUCUUCAGAGCUCGGUGACGCUCGAGAAAACGCAGAAACUUUAGAUGCAAAUCGUUCAAAUCUCUGUCGUUUCACUCACCGUGGUGAUCCAAACUACGCCAAAGUCGGAGGUGAACUUCUGAUAUUGUACAACCCGCUGAUUGCGCAGGCCACAAUAUUGCAGAACUCCUCGGCGCUGUCAAGCCAUGAUGCCCUUGGCAAGUCUACCGUGAUUAAAAGCGCUUUUCGACUCGCAAAACUGCAAAAAACCACCAAGACACUGCGUGUCGCGGGAUUCUUCUUUCACGCCAGUGGAAAGCAGUCCCAACAAACACCCCUGACUCUAUUUCGAUCACUGCUAUAUCAACUGCUCCCUCGAUUCCCAGAAAGCCUUCAGGAUUUCCUAAUGCUUUACAAAGAGAAACGUAAAGGCCAAGGCAAGAAAGUAGACUGGCAGGAAGAGGAACUCAAGAACGUUCUCGAAACAAUGCUGACAAAACCUCAGGAAGGUGCUACUGUGAUUUUUAUUGAUGCUCUGAACGAAUGUGAGCACGGCAACUGGCGGGAGCUGGCUUACUUUUUUCGGACUGUUACAGAUUGCGCCUAUGGAAGAGAUGUAAGUCUGAACGUGUGCCUUUCUAGCAGAAAAUAUCCAGCAAUUACUCUCCAUCAAUGCCCCGAAAUUGCCGUCGAAGAUUGCAACACACACGAUAUAGAGCUCUAUGUGCAACAAAAGCUUGCCGUCGCUGCCGCAGGUGACGAACAGGGCUGGGAAGCACUACAGGCCACAAUACUCGAGUGA